GGUGGAGGAGUCGACGUAAGGACCUGUGUGGACCUGUUUCGCUGCUCCACUGCCCUGGUGUCCCUGGGCGUCUGGAGGUGCGCGCAGUCCAGCACCAUGGGGAAGAGGGAUAACCGCGUGGCCUAUAUGAACCCAAUAGCAAUGGCCAGAUCAAGGGGUCCAGUCCAGUCUUCAGGGCCAACGAUCCAAGAUUAUCUGAAUCGACCAAGGCCUACCUGGGAAGAAGUGAAAGAACAACUAGAAAAGAAAAAGAAAGGCUCCAAGGCUUUGGCUGAAUUUGAAGAAAAAAUGAAUGAGAACUGGAAGAAAGAACUAGAAAAACACAGGGAGAAAUUAUUAAGUGGAAGUGAGAGCUCAUCCAAAAAAAGACAGAGAAAGAAAAAAGAAAAGAAGAAAUCUGGUAGGUAUUCAUCCUCUUCUUCAUCAAGCUCUGAUUCUUCCAGCAGUUCUUCAGAUUCUGAAGACGAGGAUAAGAAACAAGGAAAAAGGAAAAAGAAAAAGAAGAACCGUUCACAUAAAUCUUCUGGGAGCUCUCUGUCAGAGACUGAAUCAGAUAGUAAGGAUAGCUUGAAAAAGAAAAAGAAGUCAAAGGAUUCAACUGAGAAAGAAAAGGACAUUAAAGGACUGAGCAAAAAGAGAAAGAUGUAUCCUGAAGAUAAACCUUUAUCAUCUGAGUCCUUAUCAGAAUCAGAUUAUAUUGAGGAGGUACGAGCAAAAAAGAAGAAAAGCAGUGAAGACAGAGAGAAAGCAACAGAAAAACCAAAAAAGAAAAAGAAGCAUAAGAAACACAGUAAGAAAAAGAAAAAGAAGGCUGCUAGUUCGAGUCCUGACUCACCAUGACAUUAGGAAAAAUCAGGAUUCCCUUAUAAAGUGCAAUGUCCGAGGAGAUCUUAACUGUGAAAAUGACAUAUUUACUAAAAUGCAUGAAUAUUGUUGUUUCUAUAAUUAUUCCUGGACUGUUCAGUAGCCCCUCAGAAUGCCGCUGUGUGAAAGGGCCACAAAUAGCUGCCUGCUGCCUGAACAUCUGUCUUUUUCUCUUCCAUUGCUUACUGACUUUGGGAGAUUAUACACUGCAGUCAUACUAGUGGUUGUUAUGUGGGGAUAAAGUUAAUAUUUUUGACUAGAAGUAUCUAAUGAUAAACCAACAGAUAAUUGAGUCUGGAUGCGUCAUUAACAUGUAAACAGAAAUGACCAGAUGACUCUAGUUAACAUUUUUGAAGGAGGGAUUGCAUUGAUAUUUCCGUAUCCUUACUCUGUAGAUAAGUGUAUUUUAAUUUUUUUCCCCUUGUAUACUUUUAUUAUUUACCUGGGGAAGGAGCUUUUAGGGAUGGGGGUGGUUUGCUAUUUCCUUUAGCAGAAUAGUGUGCCUUUUAUCCUCAUAAUUCCUAUUUUUGUGGACACAGUAGCCAUGCUUCAUGGGAAGGUCAGAGCUGGGUGCGGCAGUCUUGCGCUUUACUGAGGUUAGGAACAUCCUUGGCCUCCGCCGUAUGCUGCUUUGAGUGAACUAGAGAAAUGGCCUUUUGCAGCACGAGAAAGCCCCGGAAGCUCUGGGAUUUACCUCCACUUCGAUAAUACUGAAUGAUUUUUAGUAUUAGAAUGUGUUAUAACAUUUGAAUUAAUUUUGACUACACUUUGGCUUUGGAGAGGAGUCAUUUCAAGUAGACACUGGUACUUUUUGAACUUGAUAGCUAAAGAUUCUAAGAUGCAUGUUUUAUACUGUUAAGUUUUAACCAGUCAGGAAAAUUUUAUGUAACCAGUGAUAGUUAUUUUUUGUAUGAAUUUUGUUUAGGCUGUAACGUUUAGCUUUUAUUAACUUUUUAUUCUUGCUAUCUUGAAUUCCUUACUGCAUUUAAUGGCGUUCUUGCCAAGAUAUUUAGCAUGUGAGAAGCAGGUUUUUGGUUUUGUUUUGUCUUGUUUGUAACAGCUUCAUAUUGAAGCUGAGACUCACCAUAUACAAGUUGAAUGGCAAGCCUGUUAUGCUGUGUCUUGUUACAUAAAGCUCUUGCCAGAAUCUUAGUAAAUAUAACAUUUUAAAAGUUUGUCUUUGUAUAUUCAUAAAAAAAUUAUGACAAGUUAAACUUAAGUGAGAAUUACAUUAUUGCUCUUUCUGUGUCAUUUUACUAAGAUUUUGUGCCUCAUAUCUCCUGCUGGAUUGUUUACUAGUUAUGUUAAAAGGGAUUGAUAAGUCAUUUUCACUUUACAUUUUUAUAUAAUCAGGUAACAAAAUAUAAUUUGAUGUAUAAUUUUGCUUGUGUGAUAAUUAUAGUGUUAUAUGCACAAAACAUUUUGGCAUGACAAGAGGCUGAAUAAAUAGCUAUUUUACUUAAAAAUAGCCAAGUUCUUACCAGCUCCCUUUGAGUCACAAGUGAAGUUAUAAUGAUUAAGAAACAGUACUAGGUGUUAAAUGGUAGGAGGAGAAGACAUGUCUUCAAGUUUUUAGCUGUAAAAAUAACACGUUUCUUGGUUAGUUUCCUUAAAUUUUAUGCUUAAAGCUUCAUACACUUACCUAAGAAAAGAUAUCUAUAUGCUAGUUUGAGCCCUGACUCACCAUGACAUUAGGAAAAAAUCAGGAUUCCCUUAAAAAGUGCAGUGUCUAAGGGGAUCUCAACUGUGAAAAUAAGGACAUAUUUACUAAAAUGCUUGAGUACACGGCAAGUUUGAGGGACAUUUUGUAUCCAAAAAGAAGUUUCUCAGAAUUAGUCAUGAAAAUGCUAAAAGAUAAGUUUUAUCAAGUUAUUUGUUCAUCAGUUUUGCUGUGAGCAUAAAAGUGUACCUUUGCAGACCAGCCCAGUAUACAAUGAUUGUGUUCCACUAGAGGCAACUGCUUGUUUUAUAGACUGGAGAAGAGAGAGAUUUGGCAAAAAAAAAAAUUUAAAAAAAAAAUUGUACUCUUUCCAUACUAUUGACCAUCUGGGAGAUAACCUCUUUCACUGUUUUUCUUAUGGUAGCCUUACCCUUCUCCUAAUAAGGUAUGGGAAGGAAACGUGACUUGUGAUGUUUUGUGCAAGUCAACAUCUCUGACUUCCUCCGUUCACCAAAUCACCCCUUUCAACACAGGACAUGUUAUUUGGGUAAUUACGCCAAGGCAGCUGCAAUGAAAUUGAUGAGUGUCUGGAUUUAAAAAGAAGAAGAAGAAUUUACAGCAGUGCUACCUCUUUCUGGUUGUUUUGGAUUUAUUUGGUUGUCCUUAA